AUGAAAUUUAUGGCCGGUAAAUAUAUUGAUGAUGUAUUUAUGACUACGAAUUUAACAAAAGAAGAAAUUUUACAACAACUUAAUGAAACAAUGAAAACAGAUCCAAACAUUAAAAUUACUAUUACAAUAAAUCAAGCAUUAGAAUAUCUUGCUGCUAGUAUUGAAAAUAAUAAUGGACAAUUAAAAACAACUAUUUAUCAUAAAUCAACUUGGGAACCUCAUAUUCUACCUUAUGAAUCUGAUCAUCCACGACAUAUUCAUGCCAAUAUAAUUUAUACAAUGUUAGUUCGAGCAGCAUGUCUUUGUUCAACUGUAGAAGAUUUUGAUAUGGAACGAUGA